AUGCCGUUGUCUGGUAACAUGACAGAAAAUGAUGAUAAAACUAAGAACUACUCCAUUAACGCUAUGAAGGAAAUCGACGGUGGUCAGGUUCUUGGAAGUCUCCAUGUUCAUGGUUAUAGAGAUUCCGUGGAUCCUACGAAAAUUAAUGCUCCUCCCUACAAUGUGGCAACUGCUAGCUUGGGGGUUGCAAACAACGAUGGUCAUUCGGUCAACAUAUCUGGUCAACACAUACCCAACUUUGGAAACAGAGUGACAACGUCAGCAAACGUUAAUAUUUUGAAAACUGACAACCAUCAGCUAGAUGUCAACGCAUUCUCUGCUACAACAAUUCCAAAAUCGAUUCAAAGUUUUCAGACCCACGGAGUUGGUGUUGAUUACGCUUUCAAAGACAAAUUCGGUGCAAAUGCCUCCGUUUCACAUACACCAGCUUUUCAAGCAACAGACUAUUCAAUAGGCGGGAAAAUGAAUUUACAUCAAACACCAAACUCAUCCCUGAAUUUAAAUAUCGGAGCUAAUAGACAAGAUACAGCAUUCGGUAGAGGAGACUGGAACAAGAAUGCGUUUAUAGAAUUUAAAAAAUCAUUUUAA